AUGCCCUAUGAGCCCCUUCCUUCACUCUUCCCCGGCACUCUUGAGGAGGAGGUGGAGGAGGAGGACGUGGUCGCAACUCCUGCUAUGCCCUAUGUCCCUACCUCAGUCCCCACCCCACCUCCUCCUACUGUGUACCCUCGUGUGGUUCCUCCUACCCCUCCUCCUCCUAUUAUUCCCUCUCCCCUUCCACUCUCCAUCCCUCUUGCCCCUGCUCCAUCCUCCUCUUCAUCUCCACGGGCCGCCCGACGAGAGCAGCAUGGAUGGAGUGCAGCAGAGUGGGGGGAAGGAGAUUGGGGAGCAGCAAAUAGGGGAGCAGCAGAUAGGGGAGCAGCAGAUUGGGGAGUAGCAGAUAGGGGAGGAGCAGAUUGGGGACCAGCAGAUGGUGGACCAGCAGCCAGGGGAGCAGCAGACAGGGGAGCCGCAGACGGGGGAGCAGGAGAUGUGGGGAAUCAGAGAUGGUGGUCAUGUGGUGGCUUCUGGGACGAUCACUGCACUGCUGCGUCGCUCCACUCGCAUCACUCGUGGUGUCCCGCAUGUUCGCUAUGCUUGGGCUGUAGUGGUUGA